AGUACUAAUAAUAAUGAUAGUUAACAUUUAUUUGGUGCUUACUAAAUGCCAGGCAUUAUGCUAAGCACUUUACUAUUAUUACCUCAUUUGCUCCUCACAACAACCCUGGGAGGUAGGUGCUAUCCUCAUCCUAUAAAUGAGGAAACUGAGGCAAACAGGGUUAAGUGACUUGUCCAGAAGCACUCAGCUAGUAAGAAUCUGAGGCCAGCUUUCAACUCUAGUCUUCCUGAUUCCAGAUCCAGUGCUCAGGCUACUGCACCACCUUGCUAAUCUCUAAGCCUCAGCUCCCUCUUCUGUAAAAUAGUAACGACCUGUGAGGUCCUCUUUCCUUUCACUUCUGGCAUCAUGGGGUUCUGGGAGAUGAGACAGAGCUAGGGAGUUUUCUUCCUCCCACCCAAGCAGGGACAUGUUUUCCCCACUGCCCAAAACAGAAGUGACCUUAAAGUCAGAAUGCAUUUCUUGAACUGGACCUGUUUGUUAACUGGAUUGACUUCAACCAACAGUACAGGCUGAGCCGUAAUUAUGAGAAAACAAUCAGAUCUCUAUUUGAGUUCACACCCUACCCGUUUUACCACUUUUUUGUGUUAUAGCAGAACUUGUUCAGCAACUUCGGCUUGGCUUUCCCUCCUUUCUGCUUCUGGAUUGAAGAAACGCAAACCAGUAUAGCGAGUUUGGUCAAAAAUUAUGGCUUAUUGUCUGUGCAAGUUCACACACUGCUCCUUUAUAGCUCUCCUGUGUACCAGGAGAUCAUUUCUUGACUCAAAGGUAGAGGCCGGGACCGGGCACCAGAAGACCAGAGGGGCAGAGCCACGAUGUCAGAGACUACCAUGAAAUAAGACCCAAGGAGAAAGUUCCUACUGCCAUAGGAAGAGUGGGGGAAGAAAGGUCCCCUGCUUCCCAGGACCAGAUCCUGGCCAUGGACAGUUUCACCGAAAGUUUGAACAAGCUGAAGGAUGUCCACGAGAAAGAAGUCCUUGGAUUGCAGAACAAAUUGUUGGAGCUCAACACAGAGAAGUGCCGAGAUGCCCAGAGAAUUGAAGAACUAUUUGCCAAAAACCACCAACUUCGGGAACAACAGAAAGCCCUGAAAGAGAAUGUGAAGGUGUUAGAGAACAGGCUGAGGGCCGGACUCUGUGACCGGUGUAUGGUGACCCAGGAGCUGGCCAAGAAGAAACAACAUGAAUAUGAGAAUUCUCAUCUCCAGAGUCUGCAGCACAUCUUCAUCCUCACCAAUGAAAUGAACGGGUUAAAGGAAGAAAACAAAGCCCUGAAGGAAGAACUGAAGAGACUUCGAAGCCUUGAAGACAGACCCAAGCACCACCGGGCUAUGUCCAGGGAAAGCAGCUCCAGUCCAGACUCACCGGUGCCCUUAUUGUCCCCAGCGGGGCGAAAGUCUAGCACUGAGAAACCACCACCAAGCCGAGAGACAGAAGAGGACUAUCUUCCCCACACUCCCCUGGGAGAAGAAAAGUCAACAGGAUACCAGACUUCUCCAAUCCCUAAAAUCCCUCCUGGCUCAAACUUGCAGGAGCAGCGGGUUCUGGACAUGAAUCCCCAGCGGAUUUCUAAUCAGCUACAUGGGACCAUAGCUGUGGUCAGGCCAGGCUCCCGGGCUUGCCUCUCUGAAAAGAGCUCUUCAGAGGCACCCACUCCACCCCCUCCAAGAAGCAGCCCUCCAUCCCCACCCUAUGACCGAAAUCACACCCUGGACAGCUACCUGAAAACGAACAAGGAGGACUCCCGGGAGACAGCUUCUUCCUACGAAUCCCUGAAGCUGACAGCACGCAGUGAGCACCUCUGUCUUCUCAACCGCCACCUGUCCCUACAUCGCUUUGGCCUCCGGAGUCACUGCCCUUCGCCCACCGGGGCUCAGAGCUUUUCGCGUGGCGGGCUGAAGGGAGGAGAGGGCGAGGAAGUCCGAAGUCGGCUGCAGGAGGACUGGGAGGACCGCCAGGCCUUCUUGGACCUGCCUGGAGCCAUCGUGUACAUGCGGGACCAGCGACUGGAGGGCACGCUCCAGUUCCUGGAGCAGAGGGAAAAGCUUCAGUACCUCCUGGCCCAGCAGCAGCUUCGCGGGCUCCGAGUUCGAGUGGAGAGCACUAGAGACCGAGAUUCGGAGCUGGAGGAGAAGCAGUCCUCUCCGCCCCAGCAGGCUGCAGACUCCGGGGGGAAAGAGACAAGGCGGGAAGAGAAGCAUGCGCUCAGGGAGCCUUGCCCAGAGACAGUGAGACCUCCACUUCUAGUGGGCAGCGACUGCUCAGAGCCAAGGGAGAAGGAGGAGAUGAUCCGGAAUUAUGCCCUGGACAAGCCUUUGGACCUCUCCGACUAUGGCCGGUGUCGGGAAGGCUCUAGACUCCCGGGCUGGCUCAAAUCCCCUAGUUCCCCGGAGACUCGCAGUCCAAGUCCAAGGUUGGGCGAAAGACCUCCAGCACAGAAGAGCAAAGGGAUUUACCCACUUCUGGCUCCGGAGACCUUAAGCAAAUUUCCAGCUUCCAACCCCCAAGAUGUCCGUAGAGGUGCAGAUCGAGUUUGCAGCCAGGAGAGAGAUGAGCCCCCUGCAACUCUGGAGCAAAUGCCUUCCCCACAAGGUCAUCAUCCCAGCAAGCUAGCUUCAGAUGAGGCUGAACAAGAACCCGGAAUCAGGCUGCGGUUAUCUCUCGGGAAACAAGAAGCAGAUGGACAACCAGAUACCAACCAUAUGGAGUCCACAAAGACAGAGUCUGAUGAGCUGGAUACCUCAGACAGUGAGGUGGCUCCUAAUUAUGACCCAGAAACCAAGCAAGAAAUCCAGGGAGAAGACCUCAGGUAUUUUUGUGUAAAGGAUAAAAUACAGGGAUUGCCCAAGAAACGCAAACGUGAACAAGAUCCAUGGAGUAAAGUAGCCAAGAAGUCACCAAGAGGAAGGAGGAGACUGAAAGGGGUCUCUGCUCCAAGUGAAGAAGAGGGAAGUCCAAAGGAAGAAGACAAUCCCAGCCCUACUUCAAGCAAUGGGACCUCAGAAGAGACAUCUAUGAGUGGGCCAUGAAUGGGAAUUUGGGAAAUUUUGUUUCUAUAAAGAUACAGAAAAAGCAACUUGACAUAAAAUGGUCAAGUGACCAAGUCCAGCAUCUCCAGACCCAAAAGUGCCAGCAAUCUCGGACUGUGUGAGUUCCAUCCCCUCUGGAUUUCAGUAUCACUACACACUUCUCCCAAGGGAACAGAGAAAGGUUAGUAGAGGGCAUUAUGAAUACUUGGUUUGUAGGAAGGAAAGGAUAAGCAGAGUAAAUCUUAACUAGUCCUAAAACACAAACCAGCUCAGCAAAAAAGAGAUGGCACAAAAAUUCAGUAAUACCGCUGGCCUCCAUCCUUAAGUAAAAUGAAAACGACCAGUCUUUGAUUGUAAACUCUGAGGACUAUGAGCAUAUAACAGGGAGAUUCUUGUGUGAAGAAGAAACAGUAUGAUAACUGAGCAAAGAGCAUUAGGAAUAGAAAGGUCUGCAAAGGAUGUAUGAGACUCAACCCUUCUCUCAAAGUAGAGAGCUUUUUUUUCCACCAACAUCUAUGUCCAGCCUUCAGGGUGCUGAAGAUUUGGAGUCUAAUUCAUGGAAUCAGUAAUUAGAGUCUUCUCUUCCCUUAGGGAAAAGUCAAAUAGCAAUUGAAUGGAUUUGGGAGGUAGAUGGUCCAAGGCUUCUGACUAGGUAAAUCUGAGACAGAAAAAGAAAGGAGAAAGAAAAGAGAAGAGAAAGUGCUGCUAUUCACAUCCCUGCUAUUCUUUGAGCUUAGAGACACCCAUCUGCCUUCCUCUCAGAGAAGAGAGUCAACAAGAGCAUAGUGGCCACUGGUCAGACAUAGAGAUGGCUUCUGGCUCCAAAACUUCACCAUCAUUCUACAAGAAAAGGAUCCUAUGACAGCAUCUGAGGCUGCAAUUUGCUCCUCGCACCUUAUUGAUUCUACCAACUCUCAAUUAUCCAAAGGUACUAUUUGAGAGUAGAGACUAAUAAAAUCCACAGAGUCCAAAAGCCUCAUUGAAGCCAACAAUUUAGACUCUCUCCCAUAAAGUCAACAAGUCUUGAUUAUACACCUUCCAUGUGCGUAGUAAUAUUCAUGGCCCUGUGCUAGCCUACAUUCUAAGAGAGACAUAAGACAGGGGCCUUACCCUUAGGAAGCUCAUCGUCUGACUGGUGAAACAAGACUCAUGUGGGGGGAAAAAGAAAGAAUCAAGAUACAAUACAAUUUCAUUUCAACAAACUAAAGGCUAAACUAUGUGGUGUGGGCUCUAAGGAGUGCAAUGGAAGGCAGGUUAAUGAGGGCUGGAAUUGUUAGAUAAGUUUUCAAACCUACAAUGAAAACCACAAUGUGAUGGUUCAUCUCCUUGGCCAAAAAAAGAAGUUCUUAUUGAUGAGAGCUGCAUUUCAGAGGAUUUGGGCUCCCUGGAUUUUUAUAUUGGCCAGAUCUUCUACCCUCAUUUUUGUUCUCCGAACCUCUCAGGAACUCUAUCACAGAAGGCAGAGAAAGGGUUCAGUCAAAGAUGAUCCUGAGGGGUUUGUGCCUGGAAGCCUAGGAGGAUGAAAUACCACCAGGUGAAAUUGAAAAGUUAGGAAGAGGGUCAAUUUGGGGGAAGGGAGAGAAAUGAUGAGUUCAAUUUUGGAUUUGUUGAGUUAGAAGUGCUAGCAGAACAUCUUGGUAUAAAUAUGCAAGAAAGUAAAGAAAGUUUCCUCACUGGAGAUCUUCCAACAAAAGUUAGAUGACCAUUGAUUAGGCAUUUAAAACAAGAUUAUUGUUUGGUUAUGAAUUGAACUAGACAACCUCUGAGUUCCACUCUAAGUGAAACUCUGUGAUUUUGUUUGGAAUGGGGUAUGUGGUACCCAGAUGUCUCUGAUUUGAGGUAAAAAAACGUGAGUUUAUUAAAAAAAAAUUACGUUAAGAACUAAA